AUGUGUGGUGAUGAGACUUCAGCCAGAAAGGAGGCUCGAAACCUAGUAGAGGGAAUUAAGAAGCACUAUGGGUAUCUUACCGGAGAGACCCUCAGCCGGAUUCCCGACCUGGCUGUUCGCGCAGAAGUGAGCAAUGCGCUGAAGGCAAAAGAUAGCUUGAUUGGUUCAACUAUUGUCACGCUGGCCAAAAACCUCUACACGAGCAAUGCUCGUUUUGUGUUCGAAUUGCUCCAGAACGCGGAUGAUAACAAAUACACCAAGACCCAUGACAUGCCUUUCAUAUCUUUCCACGUCUAUCCCCGGAAGAUCGUGGUUGAAUGCAACGAAGAUGGUUUCACACUCGAAAACCUCAAGGCCAUCUGCAGCGUAGGCAAGAGCACUAAAACAGGUGCUCAAGGUUACAUUGGAGAGAAAGGGAUAGGGUUCAAAUCGGUCUUCAUGGUCGCAUGGAAAGUUCUCAUCCACUCUGGAGACUUUUCCUUUUAUUUUGAACAUCGAAAGGGUGACAGUGGAAUGGGUAUGAUUUCGCCCACCUGGAAUGAACCCGAACAGACUCUCCCAGAUGCACUUACAAGAGUCACCUUGUUCCUGCACGAUUCUGGCGAUGCCGCUUUUCUUGCAAGUCAGCGGGAAAUGAUAUCCGCCCAGUUCCACGAGCUCCAGGACACUUUUCUUCUCUUUCUAAAGAACAUCCGGAAGAUUAAUCUCAAGUUCUAUGAUGACGACCAGAACGUGACCGAAGAAGUUGUUCAUUUCCUCGAGAAUUCCGCUCGUGGUUCCAAAGCAACAAUCACAAUGAAAACCAUCACCGCUGACCGGUCCGAGCAAAUCUCAAGAACCUACCAUGUUACGAGGUAUAUUUGUACUGGCCUUGAGAAAAAUACCAACAGAGAAUAUUCAACAGAAGAAGAAGUGCAGAAGAAAUACUCCGAGUCGGAGAUUGUCCUUGCCUUCCCGUUGGCUCCUGAUUCAACCCCUCUGGUGGAGGCCCAAGAUGCUUUUGCGUUUCUGCCACUUCGCACGGCUGGGUUUUUCUUUCUCAUCCAAGCUGACUUCGUCACCGAAGCGAAUCGACAAGACGUUAUUACAGCGUCGCCUCGGAAUCUAGGGCUUCUCGAUGGCAUCGCACAUGCAUUCGUCAAAGCAGUUCGGGAGUUUUGCGAUCAUCCUACUCUAACGUAUCAGUGGAUGAGAUACCUCCCAGAUCCUUUAAAUGCUAAUUUUCAACCUUUCUGGAAGCGACUUGUUCACAAAAUCCAAACCCUUCUAGAAUCUACGCCAGUGCUACGUUCUCGCAACGAGGGGCCUUUGGGACUCAUCAAGUCGCUCGGGAUUCUGGAACCCGAGGGGAAAGAUGAGGACGGCAACCCGCUGUGGGACGAUAUUGUCCCAUUUUGUUACCUAUCUCCCGCAUACAGUUUCAAUGACCUUGAGAUUUUGCGUUCUUAUGGACUUGAAGUGGUUUACAUGGAAGACCUUGUGGAUCGAGCUGAGGCAGACCUUAAAUUGCCACGUUCAAGGAUGAAGACCUCAAAAGAUGAGGAUUGGCAUUCCCGUGCCGCAAAGUUGCUUGCGUAUCCCUUCUCCGAAGGGUGGGACGGCUUGAAGGUGGAGGUGAAAGCAAUGCGUCUUAUACCGUUGCAGAGCGGUCAAUGGAUAUCUGCCAAUCAGGGUCCGACUUACUAUGCAAGCAGCGCUGGCGUCCGAAUUCCGAGAGACCUGGGACUAAACUUAAUCGAUCCAGACGCGGCGGCAAACUCUGCCAGAAAGAUCCUAUUUGAUUAUCUUGGUGCAACAGAGGCAUCAACCGAUCAUGUUCGAAACGCAAUAUUUGAACGCUAUCGUUCCUCUGCAAGCGCGCCCAAUGUCAACCUCCAGACCUCUCGAAAACAUCUGGAGUACCUGUAUCUGACCCAGAAGCAUGAGAGUGUCGUUGUGCCGCUCGCUUUCAGCCGUAUAUAUGUUUACUCAGAGGGAGAAGAGGCUCUUUUCCCGGGGAAGGUAGAUGUAUACAAAGCCGACAACAGCGACUACGGCGUAAAGAAACUGCUGAAAGCUACGCCACCUGGCCCAAAGCCGGGUGAUGGCGCGCCAGGGCUUUCUGUUCCAAUCUUGCACCGAAUUUAUCAAGAAGACAUCCCAGAAAGUCCACCAGGACAUCCCUUGACCUGGAACGGCUUCCUCAACAAGUACCUCAACAUUCAGCUGCAUCCAAAGCUAAUCCGCGAUCCAGGUAACGAAUCAGCAUCCUUGACCGACAUCACCUACUAUCUCCAACAACACCGUCCAGAAGUCUUCUUGCCGGCAGUUCGCCGUUUGUGGUUGACUGAAGGUCGAAAGAUCGCAUCCACAAGAUCAGCUGUCGAAGAAAUGCGCUGCAUGGAAGUCCUUUGCAGAGGAGGCCGUAAGAUGCCGCUUGAGUUGACAUACUUACCCACCCCCUCCCUCGAACGUUUGCAAGCACGCUACAUGGCUGAUUCCGAGUAUUUCCCAUUUUUGGAGCUGCCGCUUCCGCCGAGUGAUGACGCUGAGUCCAAUACAUGGGAAUUUCUGUGCACACAUUUCGGGGUCGACCGAGAUGACGAGUUGCACUUUUUUGUGUCAAUUCUAGACUCCAUUGUAGAUGCAAAUAAAUCUGCCGAAACUGUCACGAACAGCCCGAGACUCUAUGGCGUCUAUAGCCGCAUUCAGGCCGGCCUUCAGGGGAUUUAUAUCCCAUCUUUUAGCUCGCAGGUGCUAAUGGCUUUCAGGGAAUUAUUCGAAGAGAAGUCUGCCAUUUUGAUCCCAGAGGGCCGUGGCCAACGUGCUGUAUGGGCCCGACCUAGCCAGUGCCUGUGGGAUGGCCCUCAGGAUAUGCAGACCAAAUAUCCGGUGAAGACUCUAUGCCAAGCAUUCUUGACAGCGUCUGGACCCGGGGAUAGUUCGCUUGAGCAGUUCUUCAGAACCACAUUGGAACUCCCGGAUUGCUCCUGGACGCAUCUUGUGGACGAGCUCAAACAUCUCAAGACCUCUGGUUGCACGGAUUUCGAUCAAGUCAACAGCUUAUACAACCUGAUCAAUGAGUUGGUCGGCAAAACCAAUGUCGAUGAUGUCCAAAAGCUCAGGGAAUCCAUCGAGGACGAUGCCUUGAUCUACGUGAAUGUGAGUGGACGUCACAAAUGGUGUAAGAUCUCUGAGUGUUUGUGGGCGAGCACAACAACGAUAAGAGGCCGGACGACUCUCAACGAUCAUUAUGAAGACUUGAAAGAUUUCUUCGUAACCGUGCUUGGGGUUUCGGAAUUAAGCCUUGAUAUGGUGCUAGACGAACUAAUUGAGAAAGGCGCCAGGCAAGCAUCUGUAAAAGAAGUCAAGGACACGUUGCGGACAUUGGCAUUGCUCCUGUCCUCCAACACUUCAGUCGCCUCAUCGAGGAGAAUCCUGAACAGUCGAGUCUUUCCGGUCAGGUAUUCUAACGGAAAAGUCGCCUUGCGGACAUCUACGACCGACUUUGGAAUCGUGGACCGUCAACGUCUUGGAGAAUUGUUCGCUCGCAAAGCAACCCUCCUUGACUUCAGCUUGGACGAGGUUAGGCAGCUGAAACCAUUCUUUGCCUGGUCCGGUCUGGAGAACCGAUAUCUCUCCAACAUGGUCAAGGAGAUUUCCCGAGUCGACGGCGGUGAGCCUGACCUCAUAACCGACCGAGAUCGAGAUAUUUGCUGGAAAGCUGGAGGGCUUUUCCGGAUAGCCGCCCACUACAACAGCCCCCGUGUAUCGGAGAACGACCGUUCUCUCCAAGACCUCUUUCGGAAUGCUCGAGUCUAUGAGACAGAUGGGAUCUCUUCCUUGCUAGUUUUACCCCAGGGUGGACAAGAACUACCGGUCGAACUCGAAAGGAGCGAACUUCACAUUCGUGAGGACGAGUCGGGACUUCGAAUAUAUGUCCCCAGAAACCCAAGAAGCCAGGACUUUUGCUACCUUUCCAAGCUGCCGCCGCGGCUUUUCGAAUGGAUGAUGACUCACUUCGACACGCAAAUCCGAGAAAACAUUGAGCCAGAAGGUGUCCUGGUUGUCACGAAAAUUUUGAAUGCCAAACUGUCAUCUGUUAAUUGGAUACUGGAGGAAGCUGGAAUUAUGGAAAUUCCUGGCACGGCUAUUAUUGACGACCAAGUUGUUGCUGCAGACCCCGAUCCAGCGGAUCAUGAGAGUGGGGCCGAAGAAUCCGAGCAAGAUGAAGAUGAAGAACAAGCCUGGCCGUCCGAUCGCGAAGAUGAAGGCGAGGAGGCUGAAGAGCAGUCCCAAACAGUCGAAGCCUCCCACGACCGAGGAAUACGAUUCACGCCCACUACGUCCAAUGAGGGCAGCAAUACAUUGAUAUCUUCGACUUCUACAUUUGUCGCAACGACAAUAUCCGCUCAAUCGUCCCACUCUCGGGCCAUCUCUGGAGUCGUUUAUAAUCAUUCACGGCACCGACCAGCUGCUGCAGGCUCCUCAACAUUGUCGCCGUCUCCGCGAAGAAUUGGCGAUGAGAGGACGGCUCGCCGCGAUGCGACGCCUGACAUGGUGGACAUGCUUGCGUUGGACGAGGAUGCAGGAUACGUGGCUCUUCUGGACAACGUAAUCACCAAAGCCAGGACCACGCUGUUCCCCAGUAUCGGAUCGUUCGACAUGUCACAAUUGCUCGACAGCCUGCCCCUCGACUCGGAUGUCUUAGCGGAUGAGUACCCUCUUGACGCCUGCCGGUUCAGAUCGGCGACGCAGCGAGAGCGCGAUAACAAGGUCGGCGCGGCCGGUGAGCUUUUCGUCUUCGAGCUCCUGUCCAACCUCGACCCUGCCCUUCCAGGAUUUAGUCAUGAGAACUGGCAGAGUACGAUCCGGAAAUACGUCCGAGUGCAUCCGCGGUACGGGCGCAUGGACGACUGGCUGGGCCGCGAGACCGCAGACAUCACGUACGACGACGCCUCGGGCGCGCUCACCGCCCUGCUGAUCGACCAGGGCUAUCUCGCCCGUGACGGCUGGGCAGGAAGGCGGCCCAUGUACUACAUCGAAGUCAAGUCGACGGUAGGGCCGUGCGGCCGCCCAUUCUUCAUGAGCAAGUUCCAGUAUCAGCGCAUGCAGAAUCUCUCGACGACGGGACGCGAGGACUCUCCUUCGCCUCCUGCUGCGGCGGCGGAGGCGAUUUACGUCAUCUUCCGCGUCUUCCAUGUCGGCAGGGACGUUCCCGGCGUCCGCAUCUACAUCGACCCCGAGGCCAUGAGACGAAAGGGCGACCUGGUGUUCACGGCGGAGAACUGGUCCGUCGGUCCAGGUCGGGUCUGA